AAAAAAAAAAAAAACCACUCCACCCCCUUUGUGCUUCGUGUUCUUGGAGCAGGAUUCGAAACCUUGGUAUUCUCCGACCACCGGAACACCAAUUCAUCGGUGUUAAUCUCUAAUCUCCGCACAAUCGACGGUGGGAUCUUCACCCCUACCACUCACCAGAUCUAUCUCUUUCCGUUUCAUUGUUUUAUCUUAGUGUUAAAGAUAUCAUAUCAAUAAAGAUAUGAAGAAGAAGAAUAAAAAGAAAUCUCAAAACUUUUCACCAUCCAAACUACUCUUCUUAUCGCAUUUGAUUUGCGGGAUCGGGUUAGCUUCAUCGUUUUGGCUGGCAAUCAAUGUUUUCUCCAUCAAUUUAAUCGAUUAUCCAGUUCAAACCCUCUGUUUAUUAUGGCUGGUUCAGGCCCCUGUUGUGAUUCUGGUUUACAGUUUCUUUCGAAAAGAUAAGAAUCAGAGCUCGUACUUGAAAGCGGUAGCUAGAGGUUUAUUGGGGCUUCCGGUCGGGGCGGUUGUGAAUGCGCUUGGAGCUAUUGCUUUAGGGGCGCCUGUUGGAAGUCGGUAUAUUUUAAGAACCCUCAACUGGUCUCUUCUGAUGUCUGCAUUUACUGUGAGUGUAAAUCUAUUUCACCCCUGCAGCCUCUGUCUACGGUUCAUGGCUUUUGAUACAAAGCUGAUUGAAAGUAUUGAUUAUAUGAUAUGUAUACCUGCAUAUGGUGCCGUAAUUGGAGCUUGGUUUGGGGCCUGGCCCAUGCCACUUGACUGGGAAAGGACGUGGCAGGAAUGGCCGAUUUGUGUAACGUAUGGAGCAAUUAUGGGGUACUUGGUAGGAUUGUUGGCUUCUUUCGGUUUUGUAGUCCGUGUUUCUAGGCAACGUGUGAAGGGAGAUUAAUGGGUACAAAGUUGUAUCAAGAAUUCGUUGUCGUUGAGGUGGUUGAAUUAAUCCUUGUGUUUAAUCUUACCUGUAGUGGGAGAAGUUAGAAAACAUAACACUAAUCCAGAAGAUAUUUUUCA